GCGACGAUUGGGUUAAAUACUGUCCCGUUUGAUCCUUGUGUGAACAUGCUGUUUAAAUCAAGCCAUUUGCUACAACAGGAGAGAAUUCCAGUAUGAAAAAAAACAACAACGAUGUGUUUUAUACCUCUCGCAAGAAGCGAAUGUAUCACUGUGACAUACCGUUUAUCUUUACAAUACAUUAUACGGUUAUUUCGCCUUUUUGUCCAAUUCACAUCGCUGACCUUACACUGUGCCCUCUCAGAGGCUGGGUUAAAUAGAGACAGAGACAGAGACAGAUUGCUUUGAGUUAUUGCACUCGUAUUAAACACAUAGACGCUUGAAAAUUUGAUUGAGCGGUGCAGACUUUUUCUUUUAAGCAAAGAAAGUUCGCUGUACGAAUGUUAGCAACGAGUUUGCAGACUUUGAAAAGCAACUAAAGGUAACGUUUAUAAUGUUAGAUUUACCAGUUUGCAAAGGAUGCCAAGCCUAACAGCCAGAGAGUCGCCAAUAUUUAGCACUGCGCGGAGCAUUUCAAAGCAUUUUUGUGCAAUAUUUUAUAAAGGAGUCAUGCAGGGAACGCAUGCGUGUCACUUUUAAAACAAACCAAGCUGCCGUCAAUCAUAGCAAAUUCCAACCAAUCCCAAAGCACUUUUUUUUUUUAAAAGCAGGUCUUCCUGCUGUGCUUUUAUAUUACACGGUGGCCGGUUUCGAGACAUUUUACUACUAUGACUAUUGCUACAAAUCAAGAGGGCAAAGUAUGGGAUUCACACCGACUCGAACUAACUCGAGCGCUGCAUCUGCUGCCGUUGCUGCUCCACUCUGUGCUCGGAAUUCUCCAUGCAUCUGAUACACUGCCGGAAUAAUAAUGGAAAACACGAUUUAUAGGCAGACCCCAAGUAUAACAUUGCUUGAUUUUGCAGGUUCACAGCCACACUCCCAACAAAAUAUGACAAGCCUUUCCAGGUUUAGUGGCUGCCCUUUUUCUUACGUCUACCCUGGGGAGAGCAACACUGAACCCAGCGUGGUGCUGCCACCUUUGGCCGGGGAACACAUGGGACACCCCACUGGCAGUUCCUUAAAACUCGGCCCCUCGCACAGUUUACGAGACUAUCCCGAGGCGAGGUCCACUACUUAUGUUGGUUACUCUGUCCCCCAAACUACAGAUUUUGGAUACACCAGCAGCCAACGCUUAGCACACCAUAGCGCUAGGGAUCUUACCAGUGGAGAUCAGUUUGGAUCAAACAUGCCACCAGUUACUAAUCAACUGUCGACCAGAGCUUCCCAACAUGGUAUUAUGGGAAGGUACCGUGACCGUUCCACCUUUAGAGAAAGCAGAAACGCCGCUUUCUUCACCGCCUUCCACGAGCAGGCCCACAGCUCAGCUGGCGCUUCUCGGGACCUCAAUGGCCAGGUGAUGCUGGGUUUGCCAGGGGAGUUAAUUCCCAGGUCCAACUCUUACAGCCAGUCAGUUGGCAGCCCCAGGGCCAGCAGGCAAUUUGUCACUCAGUUUCUGAGCAGUUACAAACCGAUGAACAUGACUAUACAGAGGGGAGCGGCCGCGGCGUUCUUCAGGUGCUCCGUGCAGGACAUGAAACGGGAGCUGACCUGCAAGUGGACUGACAGCAAGGAGACGUCUGGUGGGAGGCGACCCUGCUCGAGGGCAUUCGGUACCAUGUACGAGCUGGUGACCCACGUCGCGAUGGAACACGUCGGAGGACCUGAGCAGGCAGAGCACGUCUGCUACUGGGAGAGCUGUGCCAGGGAGAGGAAGCCCUUCAAAGCGAAAUACAAACUGGUGAACCACGUCAGAGUACACACUGGGGAAAAGCCGUUCCCGUGUCCCUUUCACGGUUGUGAAAAAGUAUUUGCCAGGUCAGAAAAUCUCAAGAUCCAUAAGAGAACUCAUACAGGUGAAAAGCCUUUUAAAUGUGAAUUCGAGGGCUGCAAUCGGAGGUUUGCUAACAGCAGUGACCGGAAGAAGCACUCUCACGUCCACUCCAGUGAUAAACCCUAUAUGUGUAAGGUCAGGGGGUGUGAAAAGUGUUACACGCACCCCAGUUCUCUUCGCAAGCACGUGAAACUUCACUGCAAGGUUGACAUGACUAAAACAAGCGGGGGAAAGGAGCGCGGUGAAGCGCGCAGAUCCCCUUCAUCUUUGGACCGAGAAAGCAGAUCUUCCUCAAACGCGCAGCGUGCAACGGCCUGUCCCGCACCAACACGAGACUCUCCCUCCACACAAAGUCCAAGCGGUUCUUCUGUCGGGCCUCGUUUCCAUUACGAGCUCGAUAACGGUUUGGACUUUUCAUCGACUUCGGACCCAGUGUUCUUACAAAGAGGACAUUUUAGAACGGAGCCGUCAUUGCCCACUGACACUUUGAUCCAAACCCCACAGGAUAAGAACUUCCAGUCUCAAGGCGCGUUAUCUUUUGAGAAGAGUAUAACCAAUGGGUGGUAUACCUGUCACAGUGCCGUCGAGACCUGUGCCUCGAAACAUUUCAACAGCGACAUCUCUUCAGCAGAAUAAAACUGCGCAGAAUACGAAACGCAUUCAACUUAACAGUAUUGGUAAAUCUAUUGUGUUUUGGUGUUUAAAACCCCCCAGCCCAUUGUUUGUAACGUGUUAUUAAUCUGUUUUAAAUUGAAUAUAUAAUGUAUCGUAAAUGAAUUUGAAUGUAAGAAAAUGGGGAUGUGGUAUUUCUUAGUGCUCGUCGUCAAC